AGAUGGAUAGCGACCGGCCAUGGCCUUUCGAAGUCCACCAGCUUUCACAGCGGACGCUGGUCAUCAUUGAAUCGGAUCGUUUCGGUGAGCUUCCGCAUAUCUAUGCGGUGUUGGGCCCUAAGAAGGCUAUCAUCAUUGACACUGGCUGCAACACGGCUUCACUCCGCGACUUUCUGGAGACAUUGUCUUGCUUGGAGGGUAAAGAGUUUCAAGUUGUCAAUACUCACAUUCACUACGACCACAUCAUGGGCAACUACGGUUUUUCCAUGGCUUCACAGCGGAGAUGCAGAGGCAUUUGCCAAGGUUCCAGAUCGCGGGCCUUCAGCGAGAAUUGGAAGGCCAACUCAUUGCAAGACAUGGUGGGCGCCUCUAUCUUGGACUUUGCAGUGACAGAUUGGCUCGAUGAAGGUGCCAGGAUAUAUUUGAACGAUGAUGAACCGACGGAUGAGGAGUCACUGGAGAUUUUGCACACUCCCGGGCACACACCAGAUUCGAUCUCCUUGUACUUGCCAGCAGAGAAUCGUCUGUUCUCAGGCGACCUCAUUUAUCCAGGAAGUCUAUUUCUUUACCUGCCUGGGAGUUCUUUGGAAGACUUCCGCGAAAGUCUUCACAAGUUGAGGGCCUUCAUUGCCAGCAAACCUGAAGGCUGCGGCUACUUCGGUCAGUUUGCUAUGGCCAUGCAAGCAGAUCCAAAUUUGCUGAGUCGCUUCAAUGCUGGGUUCAGUGGUUGUCCAAUGGAUCAAGUGAACCGCAGAAAGGGACUUAGAAUAUCCUGAAUACAUACUGUGAAGCUUUACAGUUUCCACAUGUUCCUCGAUCUUUGACAUCACAGUGUCUUAACAGUUGAAGCAGAGAAGAAUCCGAAAACAUGUUCAUUUCCUGUUUUUUGUCAUUAAUUCAUCGACUGGAGCCUUCAAUCCCAAGGCCUGUUGCUGAGCUGCGGACACAUUGAUCCGGAGCUUCCUGCAAAGGCCUUGGAGGUGCUGCGCAAGGUCGACCUACCAGAAAUAACCUCACCAGCUUCAGUACCAGGCACUUCACCCUCAUGUGUAGAUCAGAGGAUGUCAGCCAUUGAGCUCCGUUGAAGUGUCUCUUUAGUGAUGUACAGCGAGCCGCCUGUCAAAAAAA